CCAUCCCCCAGCCAUGGCCACACAACAAUUCGACACCCCAGCACCACGUCGAACGAACCGUCCCGCAGUUCGUCAGCCGACUGGCUUUACGCCCCCACCGCCAGCAAAACGACCUCGUGGCGCAAGCAGACAGUUCUCACUUUCGCGCUUUGCGACCCCUGCUCGCGCCACAGGGCACGGUCCCAACUCCUUGAGAGAUGACAGGUCGGUGGCAUCGAGUAUGGAUGUGGACGAGGGAGGUAUUGCGAUAUUUGAGAGAAGCUUGAAGCAGGAGACGGUGUUUGCGAAGUCGGACGAGUUGUUGGUGGCCUUGCAUUCCCAUUUACCGACAGAGGUCAAGCAGGUUCUGAAAGUUGCUGACUUCUUUCGAGACUCGUAUUCGGGAGAUAUCGACAUGGACACCGGGUUCGCUCUUGUCGCCACAUCCCAAACAUGCUUCGUGUGGCAACAUACCCAGGCCGUGUCAGUGAUACCAACCUGCUACAUCUUCUCUUGUCCAGAAGACGCUUCGUUCAGCGCACCAUUCCAUGCCUUCGUGCCCUAUGGCCAUUCGCGCGAGCCAGGCCUCAUCCUUCUAUCACCGUCGGGAGAAAUCAGAUUCUGGGAUAGCAUUGGGAUAGGUCUUGCGGGGGGAGAGCAUUACUUCAAAAGCCAACUUGGGAUCGAAUCCGGAGAGUUUGCCACAACGCUGGCAAGAUCAGACUCUCAAACUUUUAUCGCCUCCACAUCUUAUGGCCGUCUUUUCCGUCUAACCCUUACCUCCACGGGAGGAAAAUACCACCUCACAUCCCGCCUCUUCGCCCGUGCUCAAUCCUCCCUCUCACUCACCCGCUUCCUCCCAAACAUCUUCUCUCCUCAAAGUAUGCUGACAGAACAAGGCAAUACCUUCGCCGUGGCUAUGGGCGCCAAAAGCGCUACAGGCCGAGAUGUCUGGGCUUUGGUCGACACUCGUCUUCAGAAGUGGAAUAUGGCGACGGACGGAUGGGAAGAGCUUAAACUCGAUGUGGAGCUCCUCACAGUCGUGCGUCCGGCGUUGCAGGAUUCGUUGCUUGGGCCUGGAUCGUCCGCGUCGGGAGAGAUCUUCUUGGACGUGGAGUUCUUGUCAAUGGCGGUCGAAUCCGGAAAAGUCGUCGUCCUGGUCUCACAUGGUGGGCUCGAGGACAACACUGACAUGGAAAUUGGCGCCACACCGAGAAGAAUAUACCUCCUCGUUCGAUUGUCUGUCCUAUCCGCUGCUGAAAUUACGAUCGACAGUAUGAUGAACGUUCCAUACCAGACGACAUUCGGUGCCACACAAGCCCCUAUGCAUCCCCAACUGCGACUCAUGCUAGGCGGCGUUAUUGAUGUCGUCCAAUUUGGUGAUGCGGUGACACUGAGCGCAAAAGCUACCGGGUACCAGGAUCGCGUCGAGCUCAAGUCUGCAGCCGACCGGACGUUAGGCGUCGGUGUCCUAGAAUCCCAGAGCGAGCUCCUCAUUCUGACCGCUACGACUAUGCUGAAGGUCACACUGGAUUAUGAUCGAGUGGAGAAUUUCCAUCCGGAGACCGGCCGAAGUAACCUCAUUCAAUCCAUCAUGACACAAGCCAUCCUGUAUGGCUCUAACGCAGGGAACCCGCUGAGCUUUAGUUUCCCGCCUGAGAUUGACGAGGACAGUUUGAUGGCUGGCGCUGAGCAGCUCAGUCGGUCGAUACUCGAGUCAGAUAACCUGGUCGUACGCCCCAACAACGACUUGAACGCACAGAUGACAACCCGCAAGGCCCGGCUCGCUUUCCUCAUCAACUUCAUCAACGAGAACGGCGUGCUCGGAAAAAUCUCGCAGCGAUGCCGCCAACGCCUGGCUACGGACGCGGAGAGGCUCUAUGCGGGCCAACAGCUCUGGCUCCGCCUGAGCGCAAUGUACGCACCUGGCACGAUCCACAACGUCCACGUAUUCUUCACCGCGGUGAGGCAGUACAUGGAGAGCGUAGGCGAGGGCCACCACGAAGACCAACAGCGCGCUUUCUUCCGGCUGCACGUCGGGGAGCUCGGGAAGGUGUUACCUAUCUGCUGGGCGUAUGCGAAGAGCAGGAUGGACGAGGGUCCGGCGGUGAAGUUGGAGGCGUUGACGGAGGUGAACGAUAUCGUUUUGACAGUCCUCAUGUCGGCGCUCGAGUGGCGGGACUGGAAUCGGCGCGUAUACGGCGUCGAAUUGCCAUACAUCAAGCCAUGGACGAGCGCCGUCGAGAUCAUCGAGGUAGCGAUGGAGCUCUUCGAUACCGCGGCUGCGUUCUUGGAGUCGAGAGAGCAAACUGAGGGCGAGACGUUGCAGGAGCAGAGGGUGGGGGUGUUGAGGGCGCAGUUGGCGGAGCUGGCGGCGGUGGUGUUUCAUUGUUUUAAUGAGAGGUUGGCGUGGGUGCAGAGUGCGGCGGCGGCGGGCGAACCUGGGACGGAUCGGGAUAAGGCACUCGUCGAGGAAAGGUUCACGCAUCUGAGACCAGAUGUCCUCGACACACUCCGACGGAACGGCUUCACGAACGAGGCGUUCCGGCUCGCGGAGCAGUAUCACGACUACAGGAGUCUGGCGGCGCUGUGCACGAAGGAAGUAGUCUACCCGCCCGAGAUGAACCCGAAUGGGGCGAUGAUACAGAUGUAUGUCGAGAAAUUCCAGGACGCGUUCACGGAUGAGUUGUUCCAGUGGUACAUCGAACAUGGCGAGCUCCGCGCCCUCUUCGCCCUCGAAUCCCUCUACCCAACCCACAUAGACCGUUUCUUCGCGCGCUUCGGCCACCCGUCCAUUUCGUGGCUCCAUGCGCUCAAGCGGGGGAAAUGGGACGACGCGGCGGAGAGGUUGUUAGGCGUUUCGGACGGCGCGGGGGAGUUGGCGAUGAAGGAGGUGGUGUUGAGUGUGGGGAAGUUGGCGGGGUUGGUUUGUGUGAGGGAGGGAGGGGGUGGGGGACGUGGGGAGGGGGUUGCGAAAGCGUUCCAUGAUCGAUUGAAUUUCGUGAGCGUGCAUAGGUCGCUGGCGGACGAGCUCAAGUCUGCACUACCCGGACGGGGGAAACAAUCCUUAGAGAGUCAAGUCGAAGCGAUCACGCGGGCGAAAGCGACGAAGCUGGCGCAGUACAGUGCUCUUCCCUUAGUAUUCAAGCAGCUCGUUAGGUCGUUGUUGCAGGGAAAGGCGUUGUCGGUGGAAGAUACGGCGGAUCUGAUGUCGUUGAAGGAUAAUUCGGAUUCUUUGGCGGAUUAUAAGACGUGUUUGGAUUUGAUCGCGGCAGACGCGCAAAUACCGGAGACGAGACGACAGACCGCUUUCAAGGCGAUAUGGAGGAGGAUAUACGACCACGAUGACUGGUGGCAGAUCAAACAGACCUCAGGUCUGACCGACGACGAAGUGAACGCUCGAUACCGCCAAACAGCCCUCUUCCACGUCCUGCGCAACACAAUCGCGCAGAGACGACAGAACGCGGGCUAUGCGCUCAUGCCGAACGAGAUCCUGGAGGGGGUGCCGUCGACGGAGGAGAUCGGGCAGAGGUGGACGGGGAUGUCGCCGGAGCAGGUGGAGGCGCUGGCGAGGGAUUAUGGGGAGGAGUGUGAGAGGCUGAGGGGGUGGGAGUUGCAGAAGGAGUAUGAGAGGGUGAGUGAGUUGGUGGAGCUUGAUUUUGCGUAGGUAGGAGUAUAUCGUACAAACGAACUGUUACUGUAACUAGUGUUUGGGUUCUGCGUCGUGGAGGCCGCUGGGGGGAGUCAUGCCGAUCUUGACUUUGAAGUUGUGGUAGCGAAGACGAGCGGCGAGUUUGAUCUCCUCGUAGCAGCGACGUCUCCAUUCGCGAGUGUAUUGUGCCUGUCUGGCCGAUUCCUGGAUGACCCAUUUCUUGUGAAAGGCGGCGAGGGCGAGGUCGCGGCUGCGUUGAGAGGCGUCCUUGGGGAGACUGUUCAGGGCCGUGGCCUUGGCGGAUUCAAAGCGUGCAUUGCUCUCUGCCCAGAAGACGUGAUUGAAGGAGUCGAGCUGCUGGCGUUGUAGCUUCCACUGGUAGUCCCUGACGCCGCGGAACUCGGAGAGGGAGUAUGGGUGGGCCGGCUUGGGCGACGGCUGAGGGAGGGCGUCGUCGUAGAUGACGGGGCGAAGGUUGGAGAGUGGGUGUGACGGGCCGACGAGGUUGCACGCCCUCGCGGACGAGUGGAAGCGACGGGGGUUCAUGUGUG